AUGCAGCAAGGACAGCGCCACCUUCGAAGGGUGAAGGCCAAUGGGUCGAGUUACCAGGACGGAGGUGGUCGGAUCCAAGAUGGAGUACAAGCAGAUGGAGCAUCUGCUGGCACUAAGCGGGGCUUCGAUGAUGUUGAUCUGGUGGCCACUCCUACCAAGAUGGGUGGUAGAUUCGAGAAGAUGAAUAAUAAGUUUGAGAAGCGAUCUAAGAAGGUAAAACUACGUAAGCACCGAGCUGGUGAUAAGCCGGAGGGGUUCGUAGGUGAGUGGGAAGAACGACGGGUAGAUGCUGUGGGGGCAACGGUGUUAGACGAAGACACGGCUAACAGAGGCAGUGACAUUGCAGGUGAAAUAGGAGGGAUUCCUAUAACGGUGUAUUCGGGUGCGACGCCCAAUCUAAUUACAAAGGAGUUGGUAGACAGAGCUGGUCUGGAUGUGACUAGGUACAUGGGUCUGCCGUUUGAAGGUGUUGCUGAAAUGGGAACGGUUGCGCCCUUGGGGGUGGUUAAGGUGGCAUGA